GCACCUCGCCUGGAUGUAGGAGGCCCGGCCGAGCGGCGAGGAGCGAGGGUGACACCGCCCAUCCCUGCGCUGGGCGAGCACGGGGACCCCCCCGCGCCCCCCCAGCCGCCGGGGGCACCAUGAAGGACCGGCUGGAGCAGCUCAAGGCGAAGCAGGAUGCAGACGAUGAGGAGGAGCUGGAGAUCGCUGUGGACAACACGGCCUUCAUGGAUGAGUUCUUCUCGGAGAUUGAGGAGACCCGGCAGAACAUCGACAAGAUCUCGGAGAACGUGGAGGAAGCCAAGAAGCUCUACAGCAUCAUCCUCUCAGCCCCCAUCCCAGAGCAGAAGACCAAAGAUGACCUGGAGCAGCUGACGACAGACAUCAAGAAAAUGGCCAACAGCGUCCGUAACAAGCUGAAGAGCAUGGAGAGGAACAUCGAGCAGGACGAGGCACGAUCCUCCGCUGACCUCCGGAUACGCAAGUCCCAGCACUCGGUGCUGUCCCGCAAGUUCGUGGAUGUCAUGACCAAGUACAAUGAGGCGCAGGUGGAUUUCCGGGAGCGGAGCAAGGGCCGGAUCCAGCGCCAACUGGAAAUCACCGGCAAGAACACCACGGACGAGGAGCUGGAGGAGAUGCUGGAGAGUGGGAACCCCUCCAUCUUCACCUCGGGGAUCAUGGACUCGCAGAUCUCGAAGCAGGCGCUGAGCGAGAUCGAGGGGCGGCACAAGGACAUCGUGCGCCUGGAGAGCAGCAUCAAGGAGCUCCACGACAUGUUCGUGGACAUCGCCAUGCUGGUGGAGAACCAGGGAGCCAUGAUCGACCGCAUAGAGAACAACAUGGACCAGUCCGUGGGAUUUGUGGAACGGGCCGUGGCUGACACCAAAAAGGCUGUGAAGUACCAAAGUGAGGCCAGGAGGAAGCUGCUGGCUUUGGUGGCAGUGGCCAUGCUCUUGCUGGGGACAGUUGCCCUCAUCAUUGGACUCUCGGUGGGGCUGAACGUGAAAUAGCCCCUGGGGCGGGGGUCUACGCUCCCGACCGUCCCGGCGGUGUCACCUCCCGGCGGGAUCCUCCCCGGCUCUGAUCCUGGACCCCUCCUCUCCCUGCUCCUCCCGG